AUGGUAACUACUGGAAAUUAUAUUUUUCACCGUAUACCAGUGAUUACUACAUAGAAAACAAGAAUCAGUAGUGAGUUACCCUACCACUAAUACACUUUGGUUCUAACUAUACCUACUAAGUUUUUUAUUAGUUCUUCCCAGUAGUAAAAAGUGAGAAAAAUUUAUCUGCUUGUUACCAGUGGCAACAACUUGGUGGUAAUGGUAAUAAGUAAUAACUGGGAACAACCCUAAUGAUCUAUUAAAUCAACGUUAAUAUACUUAAUAAAAAGUCAAGGGUAUUGGCAGAUAAUACCAUUCUGAAUUGUUAAGCUGAAAAACCAUUUAGUAGUAAAAUUGGCAGGCAGAACUCAUUCAGAUUAUGGAUAAGAUAUCUGUGAGGCAAAGAUAUUAUUAAGCCAUGUAAUAAAAAUUCAAGGAUAUUGGCAGAUAACACCAAUGUAUUUUAGUAAAAGUUCAAUUUAGUCUAUUCUGCACCAUGUUGGCUUUGAGACCACUAGUCAGGCUUGCAACUAGAUUGCCAAGAUGUCGCCUUAUGUCAGCAUCAGCUGGAUCCGCUGGUCCGAUGGUAGAUGUCACCGACGACGAGGGUAUCGCUGUGAUGACGCUACAGAGAGCGCCGGUCAACAGCUUCAACCUGGAACUACUGCAAGCUAUCAGCACAGCACUCGAUGAUGUGGUGAAAAACAAACCUAAAGGCAUGAUUUUGACUUCUGCAUUACCAACUGUGUUUUCGGCUGGUAUCGAUAUCACGGAGAUUUACAAGCCUGAAAUACAAAGGCUCCAACAGUUCGGGACUACUUUUCAGGACGUCUGGAUCAAACUAUUUGGGUUUCCGUUUGCAACAGCGGCGGCCAUAAACGGCCACGCACCAGCCGGCGGUUGCCUCCUAGCCAUGGCCUGCGAAUAUCGCAUCAUGGUCUCUGGCAAAUACACUCUCGGCCUUAACGAGACCGCUCUCGGCAUCGUCGCCAACGAUUGGUUCAUGGAUACUAUGUGCCACACCAUUGGAAUAAGAAACACCGAGCUAGCGCUUACCACGGGAAAAAUGUUCACCGUUGAUGAAGCUUUAGAAGUUGGCCUCAUUGAUGAAGCAGCAUCCGAUAAGGCUGAUGCUAUAGACAAAUGUAAGAAAUUCCUAAAAAGAUUCGACAAUAUUCCUCCUUCAGCCCGCACUUUGACUAAACUAAGAAUACGGCGGGGACCUUUAGCGAAUAUGAAAAAGAAUCGUCACGAAGACAUUGCUGAAACGCUUGAAUAUGCGCUGAACCCAGAAGUGCACGAAGGAUUAGAUAUAUAUAUGCAAAAGUUAAAGGCAAAGGCAGCCAAGUACAAUUCUGUUGUAAAAAGGGACAGCAAAUUACUAAAAACAUCGACGAUGUAUUUACCAUAACCCACUACCAUUUUGUCAUAAGAUGGAGAAAUGUCGACCUCCGUUAUGAAAUGAAUGAAAUAUAGAGGAUAUCAAAACGUUAGAGCAGGACUAAGAUAACUCUGCAACGAUUUUCUAGCCCAAAUCUUGGAAGUGUUAUCAUAAAUGUCAAAUGUUUAUGAAAUUUUUAGUAUUUAUAACACUUCCACGCUCUGUACUAAAAAAUCGCUGUGGAGUUAUCUGGGUCUAACUCUAGUAAAAGAAAUUGUCGCGAAGCAGAACCAUCACGGUAAAAAGAUGGCUCAGUAAUUCAAAAUUAAAUUUGUGUGGCCGUACAUGGGUACUUA